AUGCACUGGGAGAAAUGGAUUUCAAUCUUUCAUGGAUCAAACACCAUAAAUAACAGAUUUAACUGUGGAGGUUUAGUACAAGGGCCAAAUGGAACAGUCGAAAGCCCUGGAUUUCCUCAUGGCUAUCCAAAUUAUGCCAACUGCACAUGGAUCAUUAUUACGGGAGAACGAAAUAGGAUACAAUUGUCUUUUCAUACUUUUGCUCUUGAAGAAGAUUUUGAUAUUUUAUCGGUAUACGAUGGACAGCCCCAACAAGGAAAUUUAAAAGUGAGAUUAUCGGGAUUUCAACUUCCAUCAUCUAUAGUGAGCACCGGCUCGAUUCUCACACUUUGGUUCACCACAGACUUUGCAGUAAGUGCUCAAGGUUUUAAGGCCCUUUAUGAAGUGCUACCUAGCCAUACAUGUGGAAAUCCUGGGGAAAUACUUAAAGGAGUCCUCCAUGGAUCAAGAUUCAAUAUCGGAGACAAAAUUCGAUACAGCUGUCUCUCAGGAUACAUCUUGGAAGGCCAUGCUAUGUUGACCUGCAUAGUUAGUCCAGGAAAUGGCGCAUCGUGGGAUUUUCCUGCUCCAUUUUGCAGAGCUGAAGGAGCAUGUGGUGGAACCCUACGAGGGACAAGUGGAGCGAUUUCCAGCCCUCACUUUCCUUCCGAAUAUGAAAAUAACGCCGACUGCACCUGGACCAUCCUUGCUGAACCUGGUGAUACCAUCGCCUUGGUCUUCACCGAUUUCCAGUUCGAAGAAGGGUAUGACUUCUUAGAGAUCAGCGGUACUGAAGCCCCAUCCAUUUGGCUGACUGGCAUGAACCUUCCUUCUCCUGUAAUCAGCAGCAAGAAUUGGUUACGGCUCCAUUUCACAUCUGACAGCAACCACCGGCGCAAAGGAUUCAACGCUCAGUUCCAAGUGAAAAAGGCAAUCGAAUUGAAGUCAAGAGGAGUCAAGAUGCUGCCUAGCAAGGACAGUAGCCAUAAAAAUUCUGUCUUGAGUCAAGGUGGAGUUGCCCUGGUGUCCGACAUGUGUCCUGAUCCUGGAAUUCCAGAAAAUGGGAGAAGAACAGGCUCUGAUUUCAGUAGGGUUGGUGCCAGUGUGCAGUUCUCCUGUGAGGAUAAUUAUGUGCUGCAGGGCUCCAAAAGCAUCACUUGUCAGAGAGUCACUGACACGCUGGCUGCCUGGAGUGACCAUUCACCCAUCUGCCGGGCUAGAACAUGUGGUUCCAACCUGCGGGGACCCAAUGGUGUCAUCACAUCACCCAAUUAUCCAGUACAGUAUGAAGACAAUGCCCAUUGUGUUUGGGUCAUCACUACCACAGAUCCUGAAAAGGUGAUAAAGCUUGCCUUUGAAGAGUUUGAACUUGAAAGAGGAUAUGACACAUUAACUGUUGGAGAUGCUGGGAAAGUAGGUGAUACUCGAACAGUCUUAUAUGUAUUGACUGGAACAUAUGUACCUGACCUUAUUGUGAGUAUGAGCAACCAGAUGUGGCUUCAUCUCCAAUCAGAUGACAGCAUUGGCUCACCUGGCUUUAAAGCUGUUUACCAAGAGAUUGAAAAGGGAGGUUGUGGAGAUCCAGGCAUUCCUUCCUACGGGAAAAGGAGCGGCAGCAGUUUUCUACAUGGAGACACCCUUACCUUUGAAUGUCAGGCGGCGUUUGAGCUGGUGGGAGAGAGAGUCAUCACAUGUCAACAAAAUAACCAGUGGUCUGGCAACAAACCCAGCUGUGUUUUUUCAUGUUUCUUCAACUUUACAACUCCAUCAGGGAUUAUUCUUUCCCCAAACUACCCUGAAGAAUACGGCAACAACAUGAACUGUGUUUGGUUGAUUAUCUCCGAGCCCGGAAGCAGGAUUCAUCUCAUUUUCAAUGACUUUGACGUAGAGCCUCAGUUCGAUUACCUCACGAUCAAAGACGACGGGAUUUCCGAUUUACCAGCUCUUGGUACUUUUUCUGGCAACGAAGUUCCUCCCCAGUUGGCUAGCAGUAGCCACAUAGUCCGCCUGGAAUUUCAGUCAGACCAUUCGACCACUGGCAGAGGCUUCAAUAUUACUUAUACAACAUUUGGUCAGAAUGAAUGCCACGACCCUGGGAUCCCAGUAAACGGAAGGCGAUUUGGCGACAGGUUCCUCUUGGGAAGUUCGGUUUCUUUCCACUGUGAUGAUGGUUUUGUCAAGACUCAAGGUUCAGAGUCAAUAACUUGCAUAAUGCAGGAUGGAAAUGUGGUCUGGAGCUCAACUGUUCCACGUUGUGAAGCACCAUGUGGUGGACAUUUGACAGCUUCAAGUGGAGUCAUAUUGCCACCUGGAUGGCCAGGAUAUUAUAAAGACUCUUUAAACUGUGAAUGGGUUAUUGAAGCAAGACCAGGGCACUCUAUCAAGAUCACUUUUGAUAGAUUUCAGACUGAAGUUAAUUAUGAUACAUUAGAAGUCCGAGACGGGCCGGCUAAUUCAUCACCCUUAAUAGGGGAAUACCAUGGGACACAGGCACCGCAGUUCCUUAUUAGCACUGGGAAUUUCAUGUAUCUGCUCUUCACUACAGAUAAUAGUCGCUCCAGUGUUGGCUUCCUGAUUCACUAUGAAAGUGUGACAUUAGAGUCAGAUUCUUGCUUGGAUCCAGGGAUUCCUGUGAAUGGUCACCGCCAUGGGAACAAUUUUGGCAUCAAAUCUAAAGUUACUUUCAGUUGUGACCCGGGAUAUACUCUAAGUGAUGAUGAACCACUUGUGUGUGAAAGGAACCAUCAGUGGAAUCAUGCAUUACCCAGCUGUGAUGCUUUGUGUGGCGGCUACAUUCAUGGCAAGAGGGGAACUGUUCUCUCUCCUGGUUUUCCUGAUUUUUAUCCAAACUCCCUGAAUUGCACUUGGACCAUUGAAGUGUCUCAUGGGAAGGGUGUGCAGCUGCUCUUUCAUACCUUCCACCUGGAGAGUUCCCAUGAUUAUCUGCUGAUUACAGAAGAUGGUAGCUUCACGGAGCCAGUUGCUAGGCUCACUGGCUCUGUUUUACCUCCUACGAUUAAAGCGGGUUUAUUCGGAAACUUUACGGCCCAGCUUCGAUUUAUUUCAGAUUUUUCUAUUUCCUAUGAAGGUUUUAAUAUCACGUUUUCAGAAUAUGACCUAGAACCCUGUGAUGACCCUGGCGUCCCAGCCUUUAGUCGGAGAAUUGGCUUUCGUUUUGGGGUUGGAGAUUCCCUGACGUUUUCCUGCUUCCCAGGAUAUCGCUUGGAAGGUGCAACUAAGCUUACCUGCCUGGGCGGUGGCCGUCGGGUGUGGAAUACACCUCUGCCAAGGUGUGUGGCUGAAUGUGGAGCCAGCGUCACUGGAAAUGAAGGAAUACUACUAUCUCCAAAUUUCCCUUCCAAUUAUGACAACAACCACGAAUGCAUAUAUAAAAUUGAAACGGAAGCGGGAAAGGGAAUCCAUCUUAGAGCCAGAAGUUUUCAACUGUAUGAAGGCGAUGUUUUAAAGGUUUUUGAUGGAAGAGAUGGCUUUUCCCGUCCCCUGGGAGUCUUCUCCAAAAAUGAACUGAUGGGAUUGAUCCUGAAUAGCACAUCUAACCACCUGUGGGUAGAAUUUAAUACCAAUGGAUCUGAUACAGCCCAAGGAUUUCAGCUGACUUAUACCAGCUUUGAUCUUGUAAAGUGUGAAGAUCCUGGGACUCCCAAUUACGGCUACAAGAUCAAAGAUGAAGGUCAUUUCACUGACACUGUAAUCCUGUACAGUUGUAACCCAGGAUAUACUAUGCACGGCAGUAGCAGCAUGACCUGUCUCAGCGGAGACCGGAGAGUGUGGGACAAACCUUUGCCUACCUGCGUAGCCGAGUGUGGUGGUCGAAUUCACGCUGCUACAUCUGGGCGCAUUUUAUCUCCUGGCUACCCAGCUCCAUAUGACAACAAUCUUCACUGUACUUGGAUCGUGGAGGCAGAUCCCGGGAAAACUCUUAGUCUUCACUUCAUUGUAUUUGAUACGGAGGUUGCUCAUGACAUUCUCAAAGUAUGGGAUGGACCUAUAGACAGCAACAUUAUGCUGAAAGAGUCAAGCGGCUCUGCCCUGCCAGAGGACAUCCAUAGCACCUUCAAUUCCCUGACUUUGCAAUUCGACAGUGACUUUUUCAUCAGCAAGUCUGGCUUCUCCAUUCAGUUCUCAACUUCGAUCGCCUCGACAUGCAAUGAUCCUGGGAUGGCACAAAAUGGGACCCGCUACGGAGACAGUAGAGAGCCUGGUGACACCAUCACCUUUCAGUGUGACCCUGGAUAUCAGCUUCAAGGUCAAACUAAAAUCACCUGCGUACAACUGAAUAACAGGUUUUUUUGGCAACCUGACCCUCCAACGUGCAUAGCUGCCUGUGGAGGAAAUCUGACAGGCCCAGACGGUGUUAUUUUGUCACCAAACUACCCACAACCAUAUCCUCCUGGGAAGGAAUGUGACUGGAGAAUCAAAGUGAACCCGGACUUCGUUAUUGCCUUGAUAUUUAAAAGUUUCAAUAUGGAACCAAGUUAUGAUUUUCUGCAUAUCUAUGAAGGUGAAGAUUCCAACAGUCCCCUAAUUGGAAGCUUUCAGGGCUCUCAGGCCCCGGAAAGAAUAGAGAGCAGUGGCAGUAGUCUCUUUCUGGCCUUUCGCAGCGAUGCUUCUGUGGGCAUGUCAGGAUUUGCCAUUGAAUUUAAAGAGAAACCACGGGAAGCCUGUUUUGACCCAGGAAAUAUAAUGAAUGGUUCAAGAAUUGGAACGGAUUUUAAGCUUGGAUCCACUAUAACCUACCAGUGUGAUUCUGGCUAUAAGAUUGUUGAUCCUUCGUCGAUAACCUGUGAGAUUGGCGCCGAUGGGAAACCAGCCUGGAACAGAGUCCUGCCAUCUUGCAGUGCUCCUUGUGGAGGGCAGUACAGUGGAUCAGAAGGGGUGGUUUUGUCCCCAAACUACCCACAUAAUUACACCUCUGGCCAGAUUUGUCACUACUCAAUAACAGUACCAAAGGAGUUUGUUGUUUUUGGACAAUUUGCCUAUUUUCAGACGGCCCUGAAUGAUUUAGCGGAGUUGUUUGAUGGAGUGCAUGCCCAGGCAAGACUUCUCAGCUCUCUCUCUGGUUCUCAUUCAGGAGAAACACUCCCCUUGGCUACAUCUAAUCAAAUAUUACUGCGGUUCAGUGCCAAAAGUGGAGCAUCAGCUAGGGGAUUCCAUUUUGUUUACCAAGCGGUUCCACGCACCAGUGACACGCAGUGCAGCUCGGUCCCAGAGCCUAGAUAUGGGAGGAGAAUUGGAUCUGAGUUUUCAGCCGGCUCGAUUGUUCGAUUUGAAUGCAACCAAGGAUAUCUGCUUCAGGGCUCCAAAGCUAUCAGAUGUCAGUCCGUGCCAAAUGCUUUAGCUCAGUGGAAUGACACAAUACCCAGCUGCAUAGUUCCCUGCAGUGGUAAUUUCACUGAGCGGAGAGGCACUAUCCUGUCUCCUGGUUACCCUGAACCUUACGGUAACAGUUUAAACUGUAUAUGGAAAAUAAUAGUUACAGAAGGAUCGGGCAUUCAGAUUCAAGUGAUAAGUUUUGCCACAGAACAUAACUGGGACUCUCUCGAGAUUUAUGAUGGAGGUGAUAUGACAGCACCAAGACUUGGAAGCUUUUCAGGGACAACUGUACCGGCAUUGUUGAACAGCACCUCCAAUCAACUCUACUUGCACUUUCAAUCCGAUAUUAGCGUAGCAGCAGCUGGCUUUCACCUGGAAUAUAAAACUGUGGGCCUUUCUGCUUGUCCAGAACCGUUGCUUCCUAGCAACGGCAUCAAAACAGGCGACAGAUACAUGGUGAAUGACGUACUCUCUUUCCAGUGUGAACCAGGAUACACCUUGCAGGGCCGAUCGCAUAUUUCGUGUAUGCCAGGAACAGUUCGCCGUUGGAAUUACCCAUCUCCCCUCUGCAUCGCAAAAUGUGGAGGAACUUUGACAAAUAUGGGUGGCAUCAUCCUCAGCCCAGGUUUCCCUUCAAAUUACCCCAGUAAUUUAGACUGCACAUGGAAGAUUUCGUUUCCCAUUGGCUACGGAGCACAUAUUCAAUUCCUGAAUUUUUCCACUGAAGCAAAUCACGACUAUCUUGAAAUUCAAAAUGGACCUUACCACACCAGUUCUAUGAUUGGUCAGUUUAGUGGACCUGAUCUUCCACCCGUGUUGCUAAGCACAACUCAUGAAACCCUCAUCCAUUUUUAUAGUGAUCAUUCAGAAAGCAAGCAAGGAUUUAAGCUUGCUUAUCAAGCUUACGAAUUACAGAAUUGCCCUGAUCCACUUCCUUUUCUCAAUGGCUACAUAGUAAACUCAGAUUAUAGUGUCGGUCAGUCUAUAUCAUUUCAAUGCUAUCCUGGAUACGUUUUAAUAGGCCAUCCCGUUCUCACCUGUCAGCACGGAAUCAACAGGAACUGGAACCAUCCUUUCCCAAGAUGUGAAGCUCCUUGUGGAUAUAAUGUGUCAUCUCAGAAUGGGACAGUUUAUUCCCCAGGAUUUCCGGAUGAAUAUCCCAAUUUAAAAGACUGCACGUGGCUUAUUUCUGUGCCCCAGGGUUACGGAGUGUAUAUCAACUUCACUUUGUUACAGACCGAACCAGUGGAUGAUUACAUUGCAGUCUGGGAUGGCCCUGAUCAGAAUUCUCCUCAGCUGGGAGUCUUCAGCGGUAACACAGCUCUGGAAAGUGCAUACAGUUCUACCAAUCAAAUCCUGCUCAUGUUUCACAGUGACUUUUCCACUGGAGGUUUUUUUGUGCUUAAUUUUCACGCUUAUCAGCUCAAGAAGUGCCAGCCGCCACCAGCAGUUCCCCAGGCUGACAUAUUUAAAGAAGAUGAUGAUUUUGAGAUAGGAGACUUUGUAAAGUACCAGUGCCAUCCUGGAUAUACAUUAGUAGGAAAUGAUAUAUUGACCUGCAAGCUCCGGGCUCAAUUGCAAUUUGAGAGUUCUCCCCCAUCCUGUGAAGCACAAUGUCCAGCGAAUGAAAUCCGCACCGAUUCAGCUGGAGUAAUCCUCAGUCCCGGAUAUCCAGGCAACUACUUUAAUUCCCAAACCUGUUCUUGGACUAUUAAAGUUGAAGUAGGCUACAAUAUCACCAUCUUUGUGGAAACAUUCCAGAGCGAAAAGCAGUUUGAUGAGCUGGAAAUAUUUGAUGGUUCUUCUGGGCAAAAUCCACCGCUGGUAGCUUUAAGUGGAAAUCAUACUCGUCAGUUAAAUUUUACAAGUAAAAGCAAUCAGUUAUAUCUCCGUUGGUCAACUGAUCAUGCAACCAAUAAGAAGGGAUUCAAGAUUCGUUACUCAGCCCCCUACUGCAGCGUGACCCAUGCAAUGAAGAAUGGUGGAAUUUCAAAUAGAACGGGAGGAUCUGUUGGAAGUAAAGUGUAUUACUAUUGCAAGCCGGGCUAUAGAAUGGUCGGUCGCGGCAACGCAACUUGCCUUCGGAGCCAAAACGGCAUGUACCGAUGGGAUUCUCCUGCUCCCCUCUGCCAGGCGGUGUCCUGUGGAAUUCCAGAAUCUCCAGGAAAUGGUUCCAUUAAGGGUAAUGAGUUCACUUUGGGCAGUAAAGUGAUAUAUGAAUGUAAUAAAGGCUUCAGGCUAGAAUCCGGUCAACAAGCAACAGCAGUAUGUCAAGAAGAUGGAUUGUGGAGUACUAAAGGGAAACCACCUGCUUGUAAAUCGGUAACGUGUCCCACUAUCGAGAGUCAGCUCUCCGAACAUAUCAUCUGGAGGCUCGUGUCCGGGUCAGCGAAUGAGUUUGGAGCGCAAGUGAUUCUGAGUUGCAGUCCGGGUUAUUACUUGGAGGGUCAAAGACUCGUGCAGUGCCGGGCCAAUGGAACCUGGAGUGGUGGCAGCGGACGUCCGAGGUGUCGAGUUAUCUCAUGUGGCAGUUUAUCUUUUCCACCGUAUGGUAAUAAGAUUGGAACCUUAACGGUGUUUAAAGCGACAGCCAUAUUUACUUGUAAUACAGGAUACACACUUGUUGGGUCCCACGUGCGAGAAUGUUUGGAAAAUGGACUUUGGAGUGGAGGUGAAACCCGCUGUCUAGCCGGACACUGCGGCUCUCCAGAUCCGAUUGUAAAUGGCCACAUCAGUGGAGAAGGCUUUAGUUAUCGUGAUACCGUGGUCUAUCAGUGUAAUCCUGGCUUCCGGCUUGUUGGAACAUCUGUAAGGAUAUGCCUGCAGGACCACAAAUGGUCUGGUCAAACUCCUGUCUGUGUUCCUAUCACAUGUGGACAUCCUGGGAACCCUGCUUAUGGAUUAACCAAUGGUAGUGAGUUCAACUUGAACGAUGUCGUCAACUUCACCUGCAACACUGGAUAUUUGCUGCAAGGGUCAGCUAGAGCCCAGUGUCGGAGCAAUGGUCAAUGGAGCAAUUCUCUACCUUCCUGCCGAGUGGUAAACUGUUCAGAUCCAGGCUUUGUGGAAAAUGCCAUUCGUCAAGGACAACAAAAUUUUCCUGAAAAUUUUAAAUAUGGUGUCAGUGUGAUUUAUCACUGCAAAAAGGGGUUUUAUCUGCUGGGUUCUGCUGUCUUAACCUGUAAAGCAAAUGGCUUGUGGGAUAGAUCAUUGCCCAAGUGUUUGACUAUAUCAUGCGGACACCCCGGUGUUCCAGCCAACGCUAUCCUUACGGGAGAACGAUUUACUUUUGGAUCCCUAGUUCACUACUCUUGUCCGGAGGGCAGGAUUCUACGAGGCAAUUCUACGAGGGUUUGCCAAGAAGAUAGUCACUGGAGUGGAGCCCUCCCGCACUGCUCAGGAAAUCAUCCUGGGUUCUGUGGGGACCCGGGAAUACCAGCACAUGGGUCUAGGCUUGGAGAUGAAUUCAAAAUAAAAAGUCUUCUCCGUUUCUCCUGUGAAAUGGGGUAUCAGUUGAGAGGCUCUCCUGAGAGAACAUGUUUGCUGAAUGGGUCUUGGUCUGGAUCGCAACCAGUAUGUGAAGCGGUGUCUUGUGGCAACCCCGGAAGUCCAGCCAAUGGCCUGAUCAUCAGCAGUGAUGGGAUACUGUUUUCCAGCUCGGUCAUCUACGCUUGUUGGGAAGGUUAUAAAACAUCUGGGUUGACGACUCGUCAUUGUACUGCCAAUGGCACUUGGACAGGCAAUGCACCAGACUGCACAGUUAUUAGCUGUGGAGAUCCAGGAGCAUUGGCAAAUGGCCUUCAGUUUGGUCAUGACUUUACCUUCAAUAAGACUGUAAAUUAUCAGUGUAAUCCAGGCUACGUGAUGGAACCUGAGGUGGCAAGCACGAUUCGCUGUACAAAAGAUAGUACUUGGAACCAAAGUAAACCCAUCUGCAAAGCUAUCAUGUGUGGUCAACCUCCUCAAGUGCAAUUUGGAAAAGUGGAAGGCUCCGACUACCAGUGGGGCUCCAGCAUCAGUUAUGGAUGUGUCGAGGGCUACCAGCUUUCAAAUCCGGCUAUACUUUCUUGUGAAGGACAGGGUGUGUGGAGGGGCGAUAUUCCACAGUGCCUGCCUGUGUUUUGUGGAGAUCCUGGCACUCCCGCGGAAGGGCAACUUAAUGGGAAAAGCUUCACCUAUAAAUCUGAAGUCUUCUUUCAGUGCAAGCCUCCUUUUAUAUUAAUAGGAUCAUCAAGAAGACGCUGCCAAGCAGAUGGUACUUGGAGUGGAAUACAACCUACAUGCAUUGAUCCAGCUCAUAACACUUGCACAGAUCCUGGAACCCCACAUUUUGGAAUACAGAACAGCUCCAGAGGUUAUGAGGUUGGAAGCACUGUGUUUUUCAGAUGCAGAAAGGGUUACCAUAUUCAGGGCUCUACAACUCGUACAUGCCUUGCUAAUUUAACUUGGAGUGGCAUACAGUCCGAAUGCAUCCCUCAUGCAUGCCGACAGCCAGAGACCCCAGCCAAUGCUGAUGUAAGAGCAAUAGAUCUUCCUUCCUUUGGUUACACUUUAGUGUACACCUGUCACCCAGGAUUUUUCCUUGCUGGUGGAUCUGAGCAUCGGACGUGUAAAGCAGAUAUGAAAUGGACGGGAAAAUCACCAGUUUGUAAAAGUAAAGGAGUGAGAGAAGUUAAUGAAACAGUAACUAAAACUCCAGUCCCAUCAGAUGUCUUUUUCAUCAGUUCUGUGUGGAAGGGAUUUUAUGAAUAUCAAGGGAAAAAGCAACCCGCAACUCUGACUGUUGACUGGUUCAAUGCAACAAGCAGCAAGGUGAAUGCCACCUUUAUGGAAACUUCCAGUGCGGAACUUAAACUUUCAGGAGUUUACAAGAAAGAAGAAGCCCACUUACUUCUGAAAGUUUUCCAGAUUAAGGGACCGGGAGAAAUUUUCGUAAGCAAGUUUGAAAAUGACAACUGGGGCCUUGAUGGUUAUGUAUCAUCAGGGCUUGAGAGAGGGGGGUUCACUUUCCAAGGUGAUAUCCACGGGAAAGAUUUUGGAAAAUUCAAGCUCGAAAGACAAGGUCCGCUAAGUACAGAUUCAGACUCUUCCAACCAUCAUCACGGCACAAACAGCGGUUCGGUUGCAGCUGCCAUUCUAGUUCCAUUUUUUGCUCUAAUAUUAUCAGGGUUUGCAUUUUACCUCUACAAACACAGAACGAGGCCAAAAGUCCAGUACAAUGGAUACGCGGGACAUGAAAACAGUAAUGGACAAGCAUCGUUUGAAAAUCCCAUGUAUGAUACAAACUUAAAACCCACAGAGGCAAAGGCCGUGAGGUUUGAUACAACUCUUAACACAGUUUGUACAGUGGUAUAGCCUUCAGUGCCCAAAAUAACUGAUUCAUAGCCAUACCUCUGAUGGACAAGCAGUAACUUCUUUGGUGCCAUAUACCAAUCUCCCUUCUUCUCCUGGCUUCGCUGCUGUAAUCUUGGACAUCUUCUCCUGGUAUACAUGCAGUGAAACUGUCGAGUAAAACGUGUCAGUCUUCUGGAGAGCAACUCAAGAAUAAUUCUUCAUUCUAAAGGUGGAUUAGAAAUUCCUGGCUGCAUCUGCUUGAAAUCAAGGCACACUAAAGGAAGACUGCCAACCCAUGACAAUUUGUCAUACUUUAAUGCCUCAGACUUUCAUAUCUGUAUGUGGCUGGGAUGCCUUUCAAUGCAAUCUUUUGGGCGUUUGGUCAUAUCCUAUGGGUACUGUGACAACACAAUAGCACCAUAGCAUUAUUUUUUUUUAAUCCCCACAGACAGGAAGUUCUGAAGAUUAAAAGCUUUUCGGAAGGAGAAGACAUCCUUUCUGGAGGUUGCACACACCUACAAAUGCUUUCCUCUGACAUCACUGAGUUUUGUUUCUUUUUCAGUUUCAGAAAUUUACAGUUCGUCUCAGAUGCUCGUUAACUAAAGCCGUUGGCAAAUUUCCCAGUCGGCUCUUGUAUUGUGAAAUUUUUGAUGCACAAUUUUUUGCACUAGUGUGUUAUGAAUGACUGAGCUACCAAUACAAACUCUGUAUACAGGGUUUAUACACACUAUCCCAUAAUUGUAAAUAUUCACUAUCUCACUCUGUCCAGCAAAACAUUCCAUGGUCAGUUCAGUUGACAUGUCCGAAGAUAUUCCCCCAUUUUUACGCAGGUCUGAAUCUACUGUGAUACCGAAGGGAUGAUUUUGUUUGAUUCCACUGAUCUGCAUUUCUAUAUUAAAAAAAAAUCAAUCAGUAGAGACUUUCUGCCAGAGGAAAAACGAAAAUCCCUCCAUUUCCAGUAAUGUUUCUUUGAAAGCGCUGGUGUCAGUCAUAGCUUGUCAGUAUCAUACUAUUUAACAGCAGGGGGGGGUUAGCAGCGUGUGCUGCUUGCCAUGUAAAAAUGUGAAUAGUAAUUUAUUUUAGAUAGCUCAUAAAGCUAUGGGUUUAAGCUCACAAUACAGUCUUCCCUUUUGCAUUAUUUCCAUUCUUUCUUUAGAUGUGGCAUCACUCUCCUACGUUGAAUUGAAUGAAAAUACAGAGCAGUAGCACAUAUGAAUCCAUAGAAAUAGUCUAUACAAACCAACCCACUAAACUUCUUAAACAAUGAGAAACGUCUUUUCUUACCCGACACAUUUUCUUUUAAAACUGCAUCCUCGCUUUAUGCUUUGUAGCCACGCAGUUUGUUGCAGAUGGUCAUUUUAAGUACAUGUUGGAGGAGUGUAGCUAAUAAUCGAGGAACUAUAAACAAUGCAUUUUAUGAAAUCGAAAAGGAGAAAACCUAGAUGUGGAAGAGUCAGAUGAGUAUUUUAUGACCUUAAAUAUUUUAAUUAAUAUUUUACCUCAUGAAACCCCUCUACUCUCAGUUUGUAAUGGCUCCUCAUCUUCAGAAUAAAAAUGAGUAUCACUUUGUUAGACUAUCGAUUGCCAGAACCUUAGCGGGCAACGGGAUUGCCGGCAAUGCCGGAACAUGUGUCCCGGUAAUAGUUGAUUA